AGAAUUCGCAUAUUGCAGACGCUUAAGAUCGAGUGCGCCCAGUGUCUGUUAUAAAAAUAGCCAACAAACUUAGUAUAUUGACUAAAUCUGUAGCAGAUUUAUACUAAAAUAUAUAUAAAGCAAACAGCUGCAGCAUUAUGCUUAAUAACAAUAAAAACAUGAUCUUCAGCAGCCUUUGUCUGCUGCUGCUUUUGACGCCAGCUUGUCUGGGCGAUCUGAUGUGCUAUGUGUGUGAUGAUUGCCCGCAGCUAACAAAGGCAACGCCGCUGCUGGCCUGCAAUGAGGACUUUUUCAAUCAAGGCGGCAGCACUGAGGCAUCCACUGUAACCACCACCACGCCCAUGAGCAGCACCACAGAUGCAGCCACCGAACCAAUAACCGACACUACUCAGCCUGAAAGCACAACAAUGCCAACAACAAUUGUGGUGGACACAACAGAGCCAGAAGCGAGCACAAGCGAACAGCCAGCAACAACUGAACAAAGCACAACAAGCACUGAGGCACCAAUGCCCACACCACCCACAGCAGGACCUGUUGAGACAACCACAGGUUUGCCCACACCACCCACCGAGGAGCUGACAAAGCUUGUGGCUGUAACGGAUGAUGCGCCAGCCAUACGCCAGCGACGCGCUCUGGUCGACACCAAUGUGACCUAUCAUUGCUAUAAAACGCAGCAAGAGGUUAAUGGCACAAGUUUAACGCAGCGCGGCUGCUCUCGUGUUACGGCCAUGCAAUCGGUGUGUGGUGAGCUGCAGCAGCAGAAUAACGGCACUGCAUUCGCCAGCUGUGAUCCUUGCAGCAUGAAUGCCUGCAAUGGAGCCAACUCGCUGUUGCGCAAUUCGCUUUUGGCCACUAUGCUGCUGGCAAUUGUCUCAGUUGUGCUGCAGAGCAAUUGAGCAACGACUUAAGCUUAAACUCUCACUCACACACGCACACACACACAGCCCGGUGUUAACCCACACACACUCAUUUUGCAGCAGUUCUGCUUUCAUUGUUAGCUCAUGUGAAAUUUUAUGUAAUUUUAAGCGCAACUCUACACAAAUGAAACAUUUAUCGAAAUAUAUAUAAUUUAAUGAUUAAUACGC